GAUUAUACAAAUGGAAGAUGAUGAUCACGAUGAAAUCGAGAGAGAAAUUAUAACAAAUUGGUUUAGCAACAAUGUAUUGAAAUGAAUCAUAUGUAUAAGCUUUCAAAAUCAAACACUCUCUUUGAAAAUUGAACUCAAUUUAAACAUUUUUUUUGUUGAAAAUGGAAGAUAGAGUGAUUGUUGGAGCUGGAAUUGCUGGCCUUGCAACAUCUCUAGGGCUACACAGAUUGGGAGUUCGAAGCGUGGUUUUGGAAUCAGCAGAUGGAUUGAGAGCUUCGGGAUUUGCUUUGGGAAUUUGGGCAAAUGGUUGGAGGGCAUUAGAUGCUAUUGGCAUAGGCAACAUACUUCGUGAAAAACACAAUAAAAUUAGUGGAAUUGUGGUUACAUCAGUUGACUCUGGGAUUCAAAAUGCAGAGCUAUAUUUUAGGGAUUUACACACACAGGAUGAUCUUGAGUAUCGGUGUGUGAAUCGGGGAGUGCUGCUGGAAACACUAGAAAACGAACUCCCGAGAGGUACGAUCAGGUACUCCUCGAAGGUGGUUCGUAUACAGAGCGAGGGUCGUGUCAAAUCUCUUCAUCUAACCGAUGGAACUGUCCUGAGAACGAAGGUCUUGAUUGGAUGUGAUGGAGUGAACUCUGUGGUGUCGAAGUUCCUAGGCUUUAGUAAGCCGGCUUAUGCUGGCCGGACAGAAGUUAGGGGCUUCGUGUGUUUUAAAGAUGGACAUGGUUUUGAGCCGAAGUUCAUGCAGUUCUUUGGAGAGGGUGUGAGAUUUGGUGUUAUCCCUUGUGAUGGUUGUAAUGUUUACUGGUUUCUCACCUUUACUCCUUCAUCCCAGGAGAAAGAGAUGGUGAAGGAUCCGACCAAGGUGAAACAGCUCGUGCUCAGGAAGUUUGGCAAAGCCUCGGACAAGAUAAGGCGGGUAUUUGAAGAAACCGAGUUAGAAAACAUGGCGUGUGCACAAAUAAGGUUCAGAUAUCCGUGGGAGAUGCUAUGGGGAAACAUAAGCAAAGGCAACGUCUGUGUCCUUGGCGAUGCGUUGCAUCCCAUGACACCCGAGAUGGCCCAAGGCGGUUGCUCUGCUCUUGAAGAUAGUGUUGUUUUAGCCAGGCUUUUGGCCGGGGCACUGAGGAGGAGUGAUGGAGACAAUGAGCACCGGGCAGUCUCAGAGGCGGUGGAGAAUUUGGCGAGGGAGAGGGGUUGGAGAUGCUUCGAUCUGAUUAGCUCCUCGUACAUUGUUAGUUUCAUGCAGCAAAGUGAUGGGGUCUUGGUGCAGUUUUUGAGAGAUAAGUUUAUGACUAGAGUUGUGUUGAAGAGAGCUAGUUUUGACUGUGGUGAUCUUGCUCUUGAGGUUUAAUUGCAAGGCUAUAUAUUUAUGAGUAUGUGAAGUCGAGACCAACUAUAUAAAUUGACAUUAUUAGAUAUUUAAAAAAAUUAAUUUACUUAACAUUUUCAACGUGAAACAACUCACGUGUAAAUAUUUCAAUAGUGUCUCCCAUCCG